GUGUGCGCAUGCGCAGUGCCCAUUUCAGGCUGUGCAUUAUUAUAGUUGCAAGUUGGUUUUGGAGCCUGGAGAACACAGAGAGGAGGAGCGAAGCCGGACGUGCAAUCACCUCUCUUAUUGGAUGCAAUGUCAGGAGCAAAGAGUAGAGCCAAGAAAAAGGCAAAUACCGUUGAGAUCUCAUCUGAUACAUUACCUGUAAGAUCAUCUGGCAGACAGGUAAAGAAGAAAGCAAAUGAUACAUUAGACGAAGAUGAAGAUUCAUCCGAAAAGAAAUAUAGGAAGUGUGAAAAAGCUGGAUGUACUGCCGCUUGCCCUGUUUGUUUUGCCAGCGCUGCUGAAAGAUGUGCCAAAAAUGGUUAUACAUCUAGGUGGUAUCAUCUUUCCUGUGGAGAGCAUUUCUGCAAUGAAUGCUUUGAUCACUAUUACAGAAGUCACAAAGAUGGGUAUGAAAUCUAUGCAUCUUGGAAAAGAAUUUGGACAAGCAAUGGGAAAAGUGACCCCAGCCCAAAAGCUUUCAUGGCUGACCAACAGCUGGCAUAUUGGGUGCAGUGCACAAAACUUGAAUGUGGGAAGUGGCGACAGCUGACAAAAGAGAUUCAGUUAACAACACAAAUGGCAAAAACAUACAGAUGUGGCAUGAAAUUGAAUAACUCGGUCAAGACCGAGGGCCCAGAUCAGUGCUCAAUGCCAGAGGACCUGAGAGUUUCUGAAGUACAGACACAAUCCUGGUAUUCCAUGCUCAUUCUCCCUCCACUGCUGAAGGACAGCCCUGCAGCUGAAUUGUUGGCUGCCUACUACCCAGACUGUGUGGGCAUGAGCCCAUCCUGUACCAGCACUAAUCGCCUUCUUGGAGAAGACCAUUCUGCGAAAAUGGAGCACUGUAGAGGUGUUUCAUCUCCUAACUCAGCCAGUACAAAAAUCAAUCCGUACUUCCAACCUUUUUACCAGCCUAAUGAAUGUGGGAAAGCACUCUGCGUUAGACCCGAUGUGAUGGAAUUAGAUGAGCUUUAUGAGUUUCCAGAGUAUUCACGUGAUCCUACCAUGUAUUUAGCAAUGAGAAAUCUAAUACUUGCUCUAUGGCACAUAAACUGCAAGGAGGUGCUCACUCCCCAGAAUUGUGCUCCUCAUAUAAUUGUACGAGGGUUGGUUCGCAUUCGAUGUGUUCAAGAGAUGGAGAGGAUCCUCUAUUUCAUGACUAGAAAAGGACUGGUCAACACAGGAGUCCUGGCAGUCUCGCCAGGUCAAUACCUUCUUCCACAGGAAUAUCACAAUAAAUCUGUAAUUGUCAUUGGGGCUGGCCCCGCUGGACUGGCAGCUUCCCGACAGCUGCACAACUUUGGCAUAAAGGUGAUGAUUCUUGAAGCCAGAGACAGGAUUGGAGGGAGAGUUUGGGAUGACAAGUCUUUUAAAGGUGUCACCAUUGGAAGAGGAGCCCAGAUUGUUAAUGGCUGUGUCAACAAUCCUAUAUCAAUAAUGUGUGAGCAAAUCGCGAUCAAGAUGCGUAAACUGGGAGAAAGGUGUGAUCUAAUUCAGGAAGGGGGAAGACUUACUGACCCAGCUAUAGAUAAACGAAUGGACUUCCACUUCAAUGCUAUACUAGAUGUUGUUGCUGAGUGGAGAAAAGAUAAGACGCAGAAUCAAGAUGCACCACUAGGAGAUAAGAUCCAGGAAAUCUACAAGGCUUUUAUUCAGGAAUCUGGAAUCCAAUUCACUGAUGUGGAAGAAAAGGUGUUACAGUUCCACCUCAGUAAUCUGGAGUACGCCUGUGGAAGUAACUUACAGAAGGUAUCUGCUCGUUCUUGGGACCACAAUGAAUUUUUUGCCCAGUUUGCUGGAGAUCAUACAAUGUUGACUGGUGGAUACGCUGCGAUCAUUGACAAGUUGUCAGAAGGACUUGAUAUUCGCCUUAAAUCACCUGUCCGAAGUAUAGAUUACACUGGUCAAGAUGUUCAACUUACAGUUGCUGAUGGGAGCACCUAUACCGCACAAAAGGUGUUGGUUACUGCUCCCUUGGCAAUUCUUCAGAAAGGUGUGAUUCAAUUUAACCCUCCAUUACCAGAAAAGAAAGUUAAAGCUAUUAAUAGUCUUGGUGCUGGUAUCAUUGAAAAGAUUGCUUUACAGUUUCCUUAUAGGUUUUGGGACAACAAAAUUCAGGGAGCUGAUUUCUUUGGUCAUAUCCCACCUGACUCCAGUAAGCGUGGAUUGUUUGGGGUUUUCUAUGACAUGGAUCCACAGGGUAAACAUGCUGUCUUAAUGUCCGUGAUUACUGGGGAUGCAGUAACUUCAAUUAAAGAUAUGGAUGAUAAGCAAGUGGUGAAACAGUGCAUGGUGGUACUCCGAGAGCUCUUCAAAGAGCAGGAGGUGCCACUCCCAGUGAAAUACUUUGUCACACGGUGGGCUAAAGAUCCAUGGGCUCAAAUGGCCUAUAGUUUUGUGAAGACUGGUGGAACUGGGGAAGCAUAUGACAUAAUAGCUGAAGAUAUCCAGGGAAAAAUAUUUUUUGCUGGUGAGGCCACAAAUCGCCAUUUUCCCCAGACGGUCACUGGAGCCUACUUGAGCGGUGUGCGAGAAGCGAGCAAGAUUACUACAUUUUGAACAAUGGGGCUUAUUUUACAACAAUGUUUCUACUUUUAUAUACUGUUUUGGGAAGCAAUUUAAAGAAUACUCAAUUAAUAUCAUGUUUGGAUAAACAUUACAGUGCAACUUUCUUGUUUACAGCAUUUGUUAUAUAUUUAAUAUUGACCAGAAUGUUGGAAAUCAGGCUGUGUAUUGAACGUUCUACUGGGGUAUUGUUCACAUUUCCCUUAAAGAGAGCAUUAAUCAGGUAAUAUACCUUUAACAUUACGAACGUAAUUAUUAGACUUGCACAUUAAUGAGUUUCAGGCAUUUUGAACUAAUCAAAUUCCUUUUCAUAUAUGCCCAAAAGAAUCAAUCUGUCUGGGUUUUAUCUGUGGAAUCUUAUGCAAUGAAUAAGACUCCACAGGCAAGUCUUGGAUGGAUCGAUUCGUUCGGGCAUAGAUUAAAAGGAAUUUGAUCGUUCAAACCACCUGAAAUGCAUUAUUACGCAAGUCUAGUAAUUCUGAUGGUAAAUUGGAUUUCUGGGCUCCCUACAAUGGCGCUGUCAUCCAAUUGGCAGCUGUCUGUACCAGGAGUGUUUUUUUUGUUCUGCCAAAUGCUUUGUCUUAUUUAUUAAGUAUUGAGUUAUUCGAAGAUAUGCAAGUAAAUGUUUAAAUUAAUAAACAUGUAAAUUAAAAUUUUGUUGUAAAUAUAUAAAACAAAAACAUACUUGGCACUAAAUUUAGUUUUUCUUUGUGUUCAGUUACUGCCAAACAUGCUUAUUCUCUUACUACAGAGAUACACUUUGUUUUCACUAUACUUUUGGAUUUGCUGGAGUGCUGAGCAUGGACAAUUUCAUGUUAAACUGUAUGUUCAAAAUAAAGGCAUAUAUUAAAAAUG